CUCCUCAUUCUAUUGCUACUCCACCUUCACUCCUUCAGUCCUCCACAAUACCUAGUUCGAAUUCCUCCAUCUUCUCCUAGUCCAAACCCGUCUUCUUGAGCAUUACUGAAAUUCGAUAAAAGUCCUGCGAACUUGAGAUCAAUGGCUAGAGGGAGACCUAGAGGGAGACCAAGAGGGAGACCAAGAGGAAAGGGACAACCUUCUGGGAGGAGGGAACUACAGAUUGAUGCAUUAGAUUCUUGCACUAUGGAAGAAGUUGAGUACACUUCAUCAUCUGAUUCCAUAUCUUUUCAAAACGGACCACAGCACAGAAGGCAUGGUGAACCUAGGGAUGUGCUGCAGGAUGAGAUUGGAAGCGGUUCUAAUCCCCUAACUCCAAGGAGUGAUGCCCCUUCUGGUGAACGAAAACGGGGUCGUGGUCCAUCCAGAUGUAUGACAUUGGAGAAUAAAGUGAAACAGUGGGGGAAGAUAAGGAUUGUAUUUUCCCCUGGUGAAAAAAUUCCAAUGGAAAACGAUGGUGACUUUAGUAGAGGAGUUGGUUUUCUGGUGAAGACAGGAGCUCGUCUUACUGGUGUACGCAAAUGGAAAGACAUUCCUGAUGUAGAGAAAGAACUCCUCUUUUCUAGACUAGAUGAAUAUUUCUUUAUUGAGGAUCAAGGUGACCCACAUGUCAAAGCUUGUAUUAAUGACACUUUCCAGACACAAUAUAGGCGUUGGAGAAGCAGACUGCACACCAUCUACAAAGACAUGGUGGCGUCUGGUCAAAAUCCGAGGGAGAGAAGUCCUCGGAUAGAAGUUCCUUUAAAUGAGUGGCUUGGGGUGUGCGAUUUAAUUGAAGACGAGGAGUUUCAGAAACUCUCCAAGAUAAACUCUGCAAAUCGGUCAUGUGUACCUUUCAGCAGCAAUGCAGGAUCAAGACCCCUUUCUCGUCAAAGGAAGACGCCAAUUCCGAAGAAGAUUGAGAUGCAGGCAGGUAAACAUAAGGAUAAGGGAGGAGAAUUUGUGAAUGAAGAAGCUCAAUUAACACAUGAUCGAAUGGUCCAAAUGGAGGAACAAUACGAGGAAGGAUGCAUAAACCCCAACUCCCAAGAUAAAAUUAUAGAAAAUGUACUUGGGCAGAUCGGUGGUUAUGCGACUGAAAUGGGACAUGGAGUAAUGCCACCCCAAGAAGAUGCCACUUCAGAGUCAAACUCGCAACUCAGGAGCAUGAAGGACCUGUUGGCCAAAACUGAGUUUGAGCUUCGAUCUACCAAGAAUGAGCUCCGAAGUGUCAAGGAAGAGAUCCAAACUACCAAGGAUGAACUCCAAACAACCAAGGGAGAGCUCCAAACGACCAAGGAUGAACUCCAAAGAACAAAAGAUGAGGUUGUGAGCGUAAAAGAUGAGUUGCAUUUUAGUAAGGAACAAAUCGGUAACCUUACCGUGAAUGUUCAAGAAAUUCGACACUGGUUCAUGAAUAUGCAAUCUAUUUGGCCUCGACUACGUCAUUGAUUGUGAGGGGUUUGAGCUUGAAUGUUGAGUGCAGAAUCAAAGAUUCUAAGAGAGCUGGAUAAUGAAGGGAUGAUGGAUUCGUUUCUAUUUCAUGUAACAUGAUUUUUCAUCUCAUUUCUUUCUUUUAUUAUUUUGAACAAUGAGCUCAUUACCCGUUUAGUUUGGAGGAAAAAAGAUAUUUUCUUGACAAUUCUUUGAAUGGUUAUACUCUCCCAUUGAAUGUU